AUGAAAAUGCAGCACAGACUAUUAAGACAAAAAUGGCAGAAGUGGCCCACGUACACCAACCUCAACCAUCUCAUAGAUUCUGCCUCCUUGCAGUUUGAUGGAGCCCUAAAUGAGGACCUGACGGAGUUCCAGACCAAUCUGGUCCCAUACCCUUGCAUCCACUUCCCCCUAGCCACCUAUGCCCCUGUCAUCUCUGCUGAGAAGGCGUACCACGAGCAGCUGUCAGUGGCCAAGAUCACCAAUGCCUGCUUCGAGCCGGCCAACCAAAUGGUCAAGUGUGACCCUCGCCACGGCAAGUACAUGGCCUGCUGCAUGCUGUACCGAGGAGAUCUGGUCCCCAAAGAUGUCAACGCUGCCAUCGCUACCAUCAAGACCAAGCGCACCAUCCAGUUUGUAGACUGGUGUCCGACUGGAUUUAAGGUGGGUAUUAACUACCAGCUGCCCACAGUGGUCCCUGGGGGUGACCUGGCCAAGGUGCAGUGGGCUGUGUGCAUGCUGAGCAACAUCACAGCUAUUGCUGAGGCCUGGGCACGCCUGGACCACAAGUUCAACCUCAUGUAUGCCAAGCGUGCCUUUGUGCACUGGUAUGUGGGCGAAGGCGUGGAGGAAGGGGAGUUCUCCGAGGCCCGGGAGGAGCUGGCAGCUCUGGAGAAAGAUUAUGAAGAGGUGGGUGUCAACUCUGUGGAAGCAGAGGCUGAGGAAGGGGAGGAGUACUAG